AUGACGCAGAAAGGUAUAGGAGUGUCAAACCUUCCAAAUGUAAAAUACCGAAGCUUCUGCAAAGCAGGAAUAGACUUCAACAUGAUGAUCGUCGGCUCAAACGGCCUUGGAAAGUCGUCCUUCGUCAACCAGAUGCUUGGAGACUCCGUUCUAUCCACAGAUCCUUUUCUGAAGGAUGACGAUGUUCAUCAGGGCAGUGACUCUACAAAAGCACUUGACGAGGAUGAGGAGCACGGAGACAAGUAUUUGCACAGAAACUCUCUUAUCAAUGUCCAGAUAUCCAAGUUCUUUGUCAUCGAGAAGGACUUCCAGACAAGAAUUACUAUAGCAGAGGUAGAUGGGGUGGGCGACAAUGUCUGUAACGAGGAAUGCUGGGUCCCGAUUGUUGAUCUGAUCCAGGACAAUUUCAGGGAUUAUUUAGAGCAGGAGAGAAGGAAUGUCAGGCACCUGAUAAAGGAUAAGAGGUUCCAUGUGUGCCUUUACUUCCUGGAGCCCAAUCCGUCGCAUGUAAAGCUGGUGGACAUAAAAACAAUGAAGGAGAUAUCGAAGAUGUGCAACCUGAUCCCGGUUGUUGGGAAGAGCGAUCUUUUGAGUGACCUUGAGAGACAGGAGUGCAGCAACAGAAUUGCAGAGGUUCUGUCCAGGGAAAAUAUCGAUGUCUUCCAUUUGAACAUACCCGACAAGCAGAGGAUUGGAAAGUCCGAGUAUCCCUUUUUCGUCAUUGCAAAAAACAUAGUUCCCGAAGAUAGCAACAGGCAGAGCAGGGAAUACCCGUGGGGGACAAUGGUCCUCGAGAAAGUGGGAUGCAACGACUUUUAUCUUUUGGUCGAUUCUCUAAUAGCAAAGAAUCUUAUAAAGCUUGUCGAGGCGACAGAGGUAUUCUAUGAUGACUACAAGACUAAGGAGAUUGGCCGAUCCAUAGCAAACAAGUCUGGAGCCCUUGGAGAAGAUGACAAGAGGCUAACAAGGGAAAUCCAGAGGAAGAUCAAAGAAGAUGAAAAGACUAUUUCCGAGAUAAGGCAAAGGCUGAUAGAGAAAAGAAAAUACUAUGAAUCGAAACUACUCGAGAUGUCUGCAAAUCAUGAAGGCGAAAAAUAA